UUCAAACUUUGUUUGCAGAAUAUUGAACCGUUGCAAUUAAAACAGCUUUUGGAUAUCUAAUAAUCAGAUGAAUUCAUUACUUUCUGCAAACUCAAGUAGACUGAAUUUUCAAGAUCUCAAUAAUGUUUUUAUCUUCCUUUAAAUUAUAUUCUAAUGAGACCUGCUUAAAAGAAAUGCAGAAGCAUCGCUGCGAAACUAGUUUUUUGCUUUAUCUUGCAACUAUCAUAAUUGAUCUUUUAGGACUGAAACUACUGUGGAUAUUUUUUCAAAAGGUUUCAGGAUUAUUAGCAGCGAAGAUUUUCAGACCACAUUCACAAUCAUCGACGAAAGUUCUUUUGAAGGAAAUGGCGGAAAUAAAAACAGCUGCAAAUAAAGCAAAUGAAGAUUGGGCACAUGUAAAAGACGCAGUGAAGGCAAUUAAGGACGAACACAUAAAUUACGCUGACUUAAAAAAUUACAUGGAAUUAGAAAUCGCCAACAUGUAUCUUCGCUUCAGAAAUAUCGUUGAAGAAGAAUACGUUCGAAACGAAGUACGAUUCAAUAACAUACAAAGGACUCUGCAUGUGUUCAGCGAAGACUUCCACUUUAUGAAAGAAGCUUUCGGCAAAAACUGCAGGCAAAUGCCAUACGAUAAAAUUUCGAACGGGAUUUGUGCAAGCUCUUCCUGCCGUCAGAAUUUAAAAUACGGUAGCAGGGAAAAUCGCUCUACGCAAACAAGAAAAGAACCGAUUUGUAGAAAACAAAAUCAUGCCCAUGCGAAAUGCUUGAAUAAUGAAAAUGAAUUAACCCGGGAUAUUAUCAUUGCUGUCAAGAAAAGCCUCAACGAAAUUACGAAAGAAACUAUAAAGCAAUUAAAUGAGCACAAAGAGGAACAGAGGCAUCUGGAUAUCCUUCUUUCACACAUCUCGCAAAAUAAUGAAGACAUCAAAAGUACAAUUGUUAAGGCAUUUUCCAUAGCUACAGAAGAAACAAAGAAAACGUAUAAUCAGUUCGGAAACAUUGGACAAGACGUAAUGCGUUACAUAGCUGUACUUAACGAUAAUACAAACAGAAUUUUAUCUUUCAAAUUGGAAGAAACUGCUGAAAAGCUAGCAGAAAUUAGUGAUGCUCUCAGUAAGCAGUUCUUCGAUAUAUCUGCAGUCAAAAGCAUCCUAGACUUCGUUGAUGAUCAGUUUGAUGAAAUGUUUCGGAAUGUCGAACUUGGUUACCAAAAAAAUACAGAACACUAUGAAGAGGCCAUGCAGAACCUGGGAGUUACAACCGAAAAACUCAAUAUCAUAGCUGCACAGCUGGAAGAAAUCAUAAGACAAUUUAAUCAAGAUGCAUUCAGUAUAAAACAUAUGUUGGAAGAUAUGAAAAACCAAACAGGAAUCCCAAAUAUAUCGGAAAAAUCUCUUGACGUGUUUCCCGAGAAAACCUCAAAUGGAUCUUCAUUCUCUGAAGUUCUAACAUUAGAUACGAAUGCAGGCAAUGAACAUUGUAAAAAUCCAUUGUAUUUAUUACCAUCUACGAUGAAUAUUUGUUUAAAUAAAAUGGAGCAUUUUAAUCAGGAAUUGCAAGCUAGAUCCAGCGAAAUUCAGAACUCCGUAAAAGAACUAAUCCUGAAACUCAACCUAUUGCUUUCAAAAAAAGAAAAUGUCAGUGAUAGACUGGUAGAAAUUUCUGACGAUAAUUUCAACUUGGAUGCCAGAAACGACGAAACAUGCGGAGGAAAGGUAGAUUUAAUUUAUGUAUUAAAGAAGGAUUUAUUUGCAAGUGGUGAUAGAAAAGAGGUCACUGCUAAAAGAAUACCUUCGGAAACUGAAAAUAUCAUGUUCGGCUCUCAGAAUAAUAAUAAUCUUGACAAUUUUCAGUUUAAUACUUCAAAUAUCCAAAGCCUUUCAAAAGGAUCUGAGCAAAAUGUUGAAUGAUCUAGAUGCGAAACCUACAUCUGAAUCACAAAUAUUAAUACGUGUUUCGCUAUUUAACAAUUAACCCUUAAUAAAAUUUUUUAUAUAUGUA